AUGGUGUCUGUUCCAGCUCCUCGCUGUCUGGAUCUGAUUGUCGUUUUGUCUCUUCUGCCCACUUUACUCAACGCGAACCGGAUUACCACGGACACACUGGACCUCAAAUCAUCCGGGCUUGGGGUGAAGGAGCACUCGCAGAUUGUUGCCCAGCACAAUAGACUGCGCAGCCGGGUCAAACCAAUGGCAGCUAACAUGCAAAAAAUGGAGUGGAAUGAGAAAUUGGCCUUACUUGCGAAGGAGAGAGCAGCAUCCUGCCACACAGACCCCUCCCCUCAACACUUCUCAUCUCUCAGUCACAUUGGCUGGAAUACACAUUUCUCUCCAUAUGGUGUCACCUCAUUUUCUAACAUCACUGACAUUUGGUUUAAGGAGGAAAAAGAUUUGAUCUAUUUGAGUGGACAAUGCAGAGAGAAUGCCACUUGUCAGCACUACACACAGCUGGUGUGGGCCACCUCAAGUCAUGUGGGCUGUGCCAGCCAUCUGUGUCUGAGAGAAGGAGACCUCUGGGAGAUGUUUGUCUGUGCUUAUUACCCCGGGGGCAACUGGGAGGUGAAUGGUCGGCUGGUGAUACCCUAUAAGACAGGGCUGUACUGCUCUCUCUGUACUUCAUUCAUGUCUGGUUGCUUUAAACUGUGGGACCAUGUAGGUGGAUUGUGUGAGAUUCCAAGGAACCCAUGCCGUAUGAGUUGCGGUCAGCACGGCCAUCUUAACAUCUCAUCCUGCAAGUGCAAGUGUGAUCCUGGGUUUACUGGACGCUUCUGCCAGGUGCGAUGCAGUAUGCAAUGUGUACACGGUCAUUUCAAAGAAGAAGAAUGCUCUUGCUUGUGCGAUAUUGGCUAUGGUGGUGCUGAGUGUGCAGAGAAAGUGCAGUUUCCCUUCCACAGCUGUGAUGUUAUGAUUGAUGGAGAUUGCUUCACAGUGUCUCCACAAGCUGACACCUACUAUGGAGCCAAGAGACACUGUCAGGGACAAGGAGGUAUUCUAGCUCAGAUCCACAAUCAGAAGGUUCAGGACAUCCUUGCAUUUUAUCUGAGUCUCCUGGACACCAGCAAUGAGGUCACCAACGCUGACUUUGAGACACGAAACUUCUGGAUAGGUUUGACAUAUAAGCCUCUGAAAGACUCAUUUCGCUGGGACACAGGCGAGGUCUCAACAUUCAGCAGCUUUGCCUUUGGGCAACCUGACAACCAUGGUUUUGGUAAUUGUGUAGAGCUGCAGGCAUCAAGUGCCUUUAACUGGAACGACCAGCGCUGCAAAACACGGAAUCGAUACAUCUGCCAGCAUGACAUGAGCAUGAGUGGAGACUUGAAGUCCAGCCGCCCCAGGGCAGCGAGUAAGAGGGCCAGCAACACCACUUACGGAACCGAGUUCGAACUGGACUAUGACAGCUACCACGAGGACUACUAUGACAGGGUGUACGACUACCAGCGUGUGCCGGCAUCCUUGUCUCCCCUACCCCUGGGACCCAGUCUGGCCAAGCGAUCCCGCUCCUCCUCCUACUCCUCCAAGCACAGACGCAGCCGAGACAGAACCCACUCCAAAAGCUCCAGACCCCACUCCACUAGCUCAACCACAUCCAAGUUGGGCAUGGAGGAGUUGCAGGUGAUUAAAAAGGAGCUGACUCUGAUAAAGACACAGAUCGAUGGGCUGCUUGACAGUCUUGACAGGAUGGACACACAGAGGAACGACCACAAAGGGUCUCCCGUGAGAGAGGACAGUCCAGCUGGCUCACCGUACGCUCUGUCAGCCAGCAGUCCCGAGCACUCCUUCUCCUCCCUCUCCCCACCCAGCUCCCGCCAUAGAAUCCACAGGGAGAGCCCUGACCUGAGGGAGCCCGAUGAUGACCACCACACGAUGAGCAAUCACAGCUCUGACCCUGAAGAGGAAAUAUGAGGGUGGAAAAAGAGAAAAUGUAGAAGACGUGGAUAAAGUGCCAAACAUUGAGGAAGAGAACAACAACCGUCAAGCCAACACCCAUAUCAGAGUGUGCAUAUCAUAUAACACUUCAGUACAUUCAGUUUUAUCACAGCAGGUCAGUUUCCAUGACCAUACUUUUAAAUAAAACAAAAACACAUAACAUGUGAUUUAUACUGUAUACACCCAGCACUCGUACAUGUGAUGGAGAAUAAUGUGUUAGAUCAGACAAAAGAGGGAGUGAUCUUGGAGUAGUUACAUAAAGCUUGUGGCAGAGUGGUGAAUUCAAAUCCCACCUCAGCAGGCAUUCCUGUUGUACUGUACAAGUGAGACUGUAGAAACACAAAUAUCCCAGUUUUAAUCCAACUAUUGCAGUAUUAAUCCAAAUGAGACAAUAUACUUCCCGGAGUAAAACAUUAUGUAAGCAGCUUAUAAUUUAUCACAUUCAUUAAAGUCUUCUUCUGAAAAUAGGCAGAAUAUGCCAGCAUCAAACUGUACAGUUCUUAUUAAUGUGUGGAGUCAUGGGGUUUACUAGAAGUGUGAGAAUGUUUCUGCUGCUUCACCAGUUUCUCACAGGAAGGAAACAAAACUUAAUGAGUCUCUAUUUAUAAAGGACUUUUAAUUAGACUUAUGCACAAAAAAUGUAGAACCACGAAUACUGAUGAAGUGUGGGCUUUUUCGAUACGGGAAAUCUGGGAUUCUGUGCAUAUGUACUGUCAAAAUUAAAAUUAUUUCUUUCUGCAAAAAAAAAAAAAUCUAUACACUGUCAAGUUUGAUCUUUCAAUUUUUAAUCGAACUUGACUCACAUUUUAACUUCAACCUUCAAGGUAUCACAAUUCAAACAUUUAAAGUAACCCAAUCUUUAUGAGAUUGGACAGUCAUGCUGGUCAGUUAGCAAAGAAACCAGUUGUUUUCUGUAUGCUUCUUCUCUGAGUGUGCUUCUCUGACAAACUUGUAAACCACCUUUCACACCUUUUCAGAUGUACUUUCUCUACUUUAAAUGUGUUAGAGGAAAGUUAGCACUCUCUUCCACCAUGUACUUGGCACUAAGUUGUGCAGAGGCCCAGGUCAGUGUGUAAUAUUGUGUAUUAUUGUAAACUCUACUGUAAUUGUUCAGCUGUCUGAUUUUAAUCUUGAUUUAGGACUUACUCAUAUGUUUUUUUUUAAAGAAAACAAUGUUAUUAUGAUUCGUAUGGUGGUACCUGUUUUUGUUUGCAUUCUUAAGAUAAGCCAAGUGGAAAUACUCAUUGUCACAGUAGUAAAGGUAUUUUCAUAUUGACUAUAAAUAGAGUGUGUGUUUUUAUUAUGCCGAAUACAGACACAGAAGAAAAUGUUUCAAAACUUGAUCAAGUCAAGUAUUCAACUAAUCAGAAGUGUAUAUUAUAUGAUGACUGAGUUCCUAUUGUAGGCCAUAAUGGUAAUAUUAUCUAUUGGAUGUAAUUGUGCACAGCAGUAUUCAUAUUGUGUUCAGUGCAUUGAGGACUACUGUGUGUCUAGUUCUGGAUGAUGCCACCAGCAGACUCAGACAGAAGCAGUUUCCUCUGUCAAUAUCAUAACACAGCAGCCAGGUCUGAAACAGGUCAAAGAAAAAAAUAAUAUUUCCAGUCUGCCCUUCUCAUCAACAGCAUGUGGUUUCCUGCUGACUCACUACAAUGAAACAAAAUCUGCGACAUUCUGUCUGGAAAAAGGACAUUUCCUACCUGCAGCCUACCACCAGCUGUUUCUCUGGAAAACCAGCUCAGUCUGAGUAAAACAAUUAAGUUAAGAGGAGACAUUGGCAGAGUUAAUACCUGAGAUUCUGAGUCUGUAGAGGAAGAAAAUUGUCUAUACCAAUCAGCUGCUCCUAUGUAUGUAUAGGGUCAUGUAUACAAUAUUUUGGUGUAGCAUAAAAUGCAAAAGUGAGACAUUGAUAUGAUAUAAAGUAAGUAAUUGACAAACUGGAAAGACAUUUGAUAGUAACAGAAACUAUGUCAAAUCACAUCAGGUAAUUUAGUUUGGAAUAAUUCAUGUUAAUUGCUGACACCAAUGAAUUAUUUAUUCUAUUGUAAGAUGAAAACCUAUAAAAUACUACUACAGUCUCAAUUUAUGAUUUAUGACUGAUAAAGACAGACGACAAAAAAAAUCUAAACGUGUGAUUCAAAAUGCUUGAUUAGGAAGUUCUCAUCAGAAAUAAAGGGUAGAAAAAUACAUGAGCCAGAUCAUCUUCUGGCAUGACAAAAAAUGUUAUAAUUUUUCAUUAUAAUAUAAUCAGCAAUGUAUAUUAGACUAUUUAGUAGUAUAUUGUUGUCUUUGGAUCAAAAGCCAGCACAAUCACCAUGAUUUAACCUUGUUAUAGUCAUGCUUGUUGUCAAGGUUGUCGCCCCAAAAGACCCUCCAUAUUGAAACAUUAUAUUUAGCACAUUAUAAUAAGCACAUGAGCACACAUUUAUGGAAUUCAAGCAGGAAGUUGUACGUGGCCAGCAGUCAAAUAAUAUCAUUACAUAAAAAAUACUUUUUAAA